GUCGUGGUGGGCAUUGAAAUCCAUGCGCAGGUGCAAAAGCUAAAGAAAUCAAGCUAGUUUUCUCAACGAAGUUUUUCCUUUUAGUAUUUUUGUUAUUAUUUCUGAGUUCAACGCAACGCGUCGUUUCUUUCCCCAGCUUGACAUCCCCCUGCAACCGGAGGAAUGUGGACACCGAGCGCUUUAAAAAUAGCAUCCUUGCCCCUGACAGCCCUGCUCUGGUGAGUCUCGUUGCAUUGUGCCGCGAGGAGCAGGAAUGCGAAGAUGGCUGCAGAUCUCGGAGAGCUGCUGGUCCCGUUCAUGCCAACCAUCAGAGUCCCCAAAACAGGAGACAGGGUUUUCAAGAGCGAAUGUGCCUUUUCCUACGAUUCUCCAGAAUCCGAGGGGGGCCUGUAUGUGUGCAUGAACACGUUCCUUGGGUUCGGGAGAGAACAUGUGGAAAGGCAUUACCGCAAAACGGGACAGAGCGUUUACAUGCACCUUAAAAGACACGUGAAAGAGAAAAGGACAGGUGCCACAAGUGGUGCCUUCCCCAAGAGACGGAACGGAAAAGUGUUUCUGGAUCUGGAGCUCAACCGGGAUUUUAACAGUGAGGACUAUGACUUUGAGGAUGAGGCCAAGCUCGUCAUAUUCCCAGACCACUUCGAGAUCGCCCUACCCAACAUCGAGGAGCUACCUGCGCUGGUGACGAUAGCUUGCGAUGCGGUGCUCAACUCACCGUCGGCCUACAAGAAGCAGGAGCCAGAUUCCUGGGAGGAGGAUAUCCAGGAGUCCCGGCACUCCAGAAGCCUCAGACAGCAGGACAAUGGGGUCAGGAUCAGACCUAGCGGCUGGAAGUGUCAGAAGUGUGAGAUGAGGGAGAACCUGUGGCUGAACCUCACCGACGGAGCGGUGCUCUGUGGGAAGUGGUUCUUCGACGGCGCCGGGGGCAACGGCCACGCCCUGGACCACUACAAGGACACCAACUUCCCCCUGGCGGUCAAACUGGAGACCAUCACCCCGGACGGAGCAGACGUGUACUCAUUCGAGGAGGAAGAGGCUGUGCUCGACCCUAACAUCUCAGAACACUUGUCACACUUUGGAAUAGACAUGCUACAGAUGCAGCAAAGGCAGACGGAGAACGGUCACGACACAGACAACAACAACAGCCCGCCGCGGUCGCGGCCGAGCGAGUGGGAGGUGAUCCAGGAGUCGGGCUCCAAGCUGAAGUCGGUGUACGGCUCGGGUUACACGGGGGUCAAGAACCUGGGCAACAGCUGCUACCUGGGCUGCGUCAUGCAGGUGCUCUUCAGCAUCCCCGAGUUCCAGAGGAUGUAUGUUGGCAACCUCCAGAGGAUAUACGACUACUCUCCACUGGACCCCUCUCAGGACUUUGCCACACAAAUGGCUAAACUGGGCUACGGACUGCUCUCAGGCCAGUUCUCCAAGCCACCCAUGAAAUCUGAGCUCAUUGAACAGGUGAUGAAAGAAGAACACAAGGUAUUAGACUGGCACCAGCAGAAGGGCCUCUCUCCCAAGAUGUUCAAGGCCCUGGUCAGCAAGGGCCACCCCGAGUUCUCCUCCAGCCGGCAGCAGGACGCCCAGGAGUUCCUCCAGCACGUCAUCACCUUGGUGGAGAGGAACAGCGGCGGCUCGGAGAACCCGAGCGACGUCUUCCGCUUCCUGACGGAGGAGCGUGUGCAGUGCUGCCAGACGCGCCGCGUGCGCUACAACCAGCGGGUGGACUACGUCAUGCAGCUGCCCGUGCCCAUCGAAGCAGCCACCAACCGGGAGGAGCUCCUGGCCUACGAGGCCAAACGCAGGGAGGCGGAGGAGAACCAGCGGGCCCCCCCGGAGCCGGUGCGAGCCCGGGUCCCCUUCACCGCCUGCCUGCAGGCCUUCACAGAGCCCGACAACGUCCCCGACUUCUGGAGCUCAGCGCUGCAGGCCAAGUCUGCCGGGGUCAAGACUUCCCGUUUCUCCUCCUUCCCAGAAUACCUGAUUUUGCAGAUAAAGAAGUUCACAUUUGGUGUGGACUGGAUUCCAAAGAAACUGGACUUUUCCGUCGACGUGCCAGACUUCCUGGACCUGAACCGGUUUCGAGCCACGGGGCUCCAGGCGGGAGAAGAGGAGCUACCGAACCUGAGCCCACCCAUCGUACUGCCAGAGGACACCAGAGACAACUCCAUGAGUUCCCUGGACUCCCCAGAGAUCGACGAGGCUGCAGUAAUGCAACUGGCCGAGAUGGGCUUCCCACUGGAGGCCUGCCGGAAGGCGGUGUACUACACGGGCAACAUGGGGCCAGAGAUGGCCUUCAACUGGAUCAUAGCGCACAUGGAGGAGCCAGACUUUGCGGAGCCGCUGAGCCUCCCGUCCUCCACGAUAGAGCUGCUCCCCUCCUCCGCCAGCGAGACUGAUCCCUUCGCCGCCGCCGCCACCACCGCCGCCCCGUUGGACAACUCGCCCCCGGAGGAGAGCGUCGCCAUCCUCACCUCCAUGGGCUUCCCCCGCAGCCACACCAUCCAGGCCCUCCGAGCCACGAACAACAACCUUGAGCGAGCGCUGGACUGGAUCUUCACGCACCCGGAGGAGGAGCCGAGCGACGCGCUGUCAGACAUGGCCGACACCGAGCCCACCAACCAGGCCUUCUCCUCGCCCAACUCCCACAGCGACCCCACCCUCUCCCCGGACCCCGAGGGGGACGCGGCCGGGCCCCGCGUCAAGGACGGCCCGGGACGUUACGAGCUCUUGGCCUUCAUCAGCCACAUGGGGGCGUCCACAAUGUCCGGUCACUACGUGUGUCACAUCAAGAAGGAGGGAAGGUGGGUGAUCUACAACGAUCACAAAGUGUCUUUGUCGGAACGCCCUCCCAAAGACUUGGGCUACAUAUACUUUUACCGGCGCUUGUCCAGCAGCUAGAAGAGAAAUCACAAGAACCAGUCUCUCAGCCACCCCCAGUCUGCCAGAGGCCCCCCGCCCCCCUGGAGAGCAACAGCCCCAACCCCAAGGACACCCUGUGGAGAGAAGGCCCCCAAAGCAGACCCACCAUCACCAUCCCCACCACCACCACCACCACCACCACCCUUCCACAGCCCCAGUGUGUGAUCCACCAUGGUGGAAGGUCUCUGCCCUUAACACCAGCCAACACGUUGGCUGCUGCUCCCCACAGCCCGAAACCACUGGAGAAAACACGGAGAAAGCGUUCAAAAACCUGCUGCGGACGGGAAGUAAAAGCAAACACGCUUUUUUGGUUUUUAGUGUAGUUGUCGUCGUUUUUAUGUCCUGCUUUAAAUGGAUGCUUUUACUUUAGGUGCUUUCCUUCUCAAACUGUGUAGGUGGGAAAAAGAAAAAAAGGGAUGUGUGCAAUUUUUCGGUUAUUUGUGUGUGGUUUACACACACUGAAACAUAUCCGAUCCGACCCUUCACUCGCUAUGCCUUCAGUCCCCGUAGCGGGAUUAUAAAAAAAACAAAUCGAGUUACACUUGAUGUAAUGCUUCACUGCCAACCCACAGAGGCUAAACAAAAUGGCAGCCUUUAGCAACCAAACACUACAGUAUAGUCAAUUACCGUAUUUUUUUUCUUUUUGCCCUAUGGCAUCAAAAAAACACUACAACAACAACAUGAUUUAUUCAAUAUCCGUGCCGACAAAAUCCAGUGCAGAAGUGAGGCGACGGCAGAAUGCUGACUGUGCAUGAGUCCGACGGUUGCAUAAAAGCCGGUGAAAAGGUCAUCCCUGCACCGGAGGCGGGAAUGGUUACGGGUGUUAAAGUCUUGUCCGGACAACGUUCACCUUCAAAUAACAGGAUUAAAAUGAGGUAAAUCAAUCAAACCGUCAUAAUUAGAAUAAGUAGAUCGGAUGCAACUGAUCUGCAAAGGAUGAUUUACACAUGUUUGUAUUUUUCUUAUGCACUUGAUGCAUUACAGCCCAACCGAUUUCACAAAUUACAACUGUAGUUACUACAGGUGAUAUUCCCAGCGUUUGGCUAAAUUAGCUACCGUAUAUACAACGCCUCUUCGACUCGUAAUCAACCCUAUGCAAUAUGCAGUGAGAUCCGUCUCUCGGCAUCUCGAGUGUGUCUAAUCACCCCCGGUGUAAAUAAUUAAAGAGCUGUGUGUGUCUCACUGAAACAGCGCCGUUCCCCUCAAAGACACAAGAAACAAGAAACAACCACGGUGCUGCUCCCCUUCAGUGAUCUGAUGUCAACCACGGAAACCCUGCCUCCUCCCGUGUUCCCCCCACUGAAAUGUGCUCACCUCUUAAGUGUCUCCUCCUCCGAACCAAACGUGUUUUUUCCGCUCGCUGGCCAUGCUCCGCAGGAGAGCGGACAAACCCUCCUGUGAGUUUUGUUUGCCAACCAAUUGUUCAGUCCUUUUUUUUUGUCACAUCAGCUUUUCUUUCUGUUGAUACUAUUCUCCCACACAAGAUUGCUUAUCACUCGCCGGUAUCAACUACGACCAUCACUGACCGUAACUGGACUAAAGCGACGCAAAAAUGCAUCCAAAAAACAUAACUGUCUGUAAAUAUUGGAAUAGUGUUUUAUUCUAUCUAUUUUGACAUGUAUUCACUCCUAGUGGUUAACCCGUCUUUAAGGGGGGAAGGCAUGCAUUUAAGUUGCUGUUUCGGGAGAUUCAUUUGCCGGAAUGAUUGUCCCCGUGUGAACAUGAAACACCUGGAGUUAUCCAGGAGCAACCAAUUAGUGCUCGCAGGCAGCGGUGCGCUCAGGCUCCCGUCUCAAAACCACUCAGGUCAUGGAGUUUGGUAAUGUCAUUAAUUUUCUUCUUUCGCUGGGAAAAUACCUUUUUAUGUCGUGGAAGAACAACUGCAUAAGAUUUGUUCUAUAAAAUGUUCUAUUGUUUCCUGCACACACUGUUAACACCUCUCUGAUGAAUGCUUAGUACAUGAGUCGGAGUACAUCGUCACUACUCUUCGUCACCGAGUUAUACUUAAUGAGUACUCCGGUAGCCUACCGUGCAUACUUUUUUACAGUGUGGAGUUCAAACGGUCUCCCUCUCUCUAUGCAAGUCCCACGUAAAUCUACACCCACAGAAACGGAAGUAAUAGAAUGCACAUUAUGUUCCGAGGGUGUUUCAAAAUCAACGUGCUAAAUUAUGUUAUCAGCUUAGGGCUUCCCUCUUCGUUUCAAUGCACCUUCGGUUCUCUCUAGGCCUAGUUCCUGUGCUUGGCUACUGUGUUUAUUAUGCUAACACUCAUAAAGUAUAAAUAUCCAUUUUCUUGUUUUCGGCUUCCCCUCAGCCUCAGGUUUUUUUUUUACUGAACUCCUCUUUAUCUCUCGGGUUGUGAAGGAUAAAACACUUUCCUUUUCGGUCACCAAACUCGCCUUUUGUACCGACGGCUUGUGCACUAAAUGUAGACAUUUAGUAAUUUGGAUUGUACAACUGUACCUUGUGGGAGUUGAUUAGACUUUCUCAUUAAACAAAGUAUCAAAAUGGUACUAUUGUCAUUUAUUUUUUGUUGAAGCCAUGUCUGAAGUUUUGAUUACAUAAAAUCCCUGAAUUGGCGAUUUUAGUUUACUUUUUUUUAUGUUUUCAUCUAAAUAUUGCUGUUAAUACAGUAUUUCAAUAGUGCAGGUGAAUACUGCUGUCAUGACAGUAUGUACUAUGCCUUGUAAUACUGCAUACCUGCAAUGUUUGGAUGGUUCAAUAAACACAAAUGUUAUUGACUUGUGGCACUGCUGCUUUGUUCGGAAUCAAAAAUGUUGCAUGUUGGUGAAAACAGACAUUAAUAAAUGGACUGAAUAACAGAUUUUUUAUUUUUAAAAGAUUAAUUUCAUAUUGUAUAUUUCAAAGGUGCUACUGUGUUUCCUUGUGGCUGGGUAUACAGGUAGAUUAAUAUGCAUUAUAGAUGCUUGAGCAAACUAGUAGAAUAUAAAUGCUAACGUCAUUUCUUGCAUCAAAAUCAAGGAAAUCUUAAUUCUAGUUGUUUUGAUAAGUAAAGAAUUCUGAAGACAGGUAUAUGUACUUCAUGUGGCAGAUAAGUAGAAUAAUGGACAAAGGUCAAUGUAUUGUACACAAGAUACCGUGCUGCCCAAUGACAAAAACCCACCCUAUAAAGCAUGUAUAACUAGAAAGUACCUGGUAGUUCUGUUUAUUUAAUCUGCCUAGUAUUAUCUAUAAAAUAUGCCUUUCAAAUGAUAUAGAGCAUGUUAUGACUGGUAUAAUGCACCAUAACAUUCAAGUUAAUAACUUUUAAGUCCAUAUCAUCCACAUGAAGUUACAGUAUUGUGCGUGCUAUAACAUGCACGUGGUAAUGAUUGCAUGAAUGAGUGUGUUCAUUAUUUGAUACUAACACACCAAACGAUCCUUGGAUGUGUCUGAUGUUCAGGUCCUCUGAGAAGACACGGAUUAGAGACGACUGAACAACUUGCUUGUUGAUCUCAUUUUAGAUUGUGUCGUGACUGAAUAGAUAAUAGUAAUGAUGUGAUGUUCGUUAUGUUGAUCUAGUUUUGAAAUACCUUAAAGGUUCUGUCAAUGUGUAACUAAUGUUUGAAGGGUUUGAAAACAGUAUGUGAGAACUAGAUUUGAUUGGUUGUGUAUCUUGUGUACAAUAUAUAGACUGAAUAUAUACAUACACACGCAUACACACAAAAUAUUUUUUCAAUGUCAAAUUUGAAAGUGCAUGGUAGAAAUAUUGCCGGGUAACUGUAAGGUUAUAAUUCAUGUUAUAGGUUAACUGGGAGAUCAAGAAAAAGCACUUGGUUUUUGCAAGUUCAUGCAUGAGAAUUAAAAGAAUAUUAAAAAAAAACGGAGACAAGCAUUGAGGAACUGGUAUGCAUCAACCACGGGCCAGUUUCUCUUUCAGGCGCAUGCUAAGUCAGUGAACCUGAGAAGGUGUGAAGGCCUGUUGUAGCUUCUACAAAAACAAGACAUCCUCUUCUUCAGGCAUCUUAUCCGAGUACACAUCUGCGGGGCUGCUGUGCACACGGUGUUGAUCACAGAAAAGCCAGCGUUUGGAAAUAAAAACGACCUUGUUAAAAAAAUAAAGUAUUUUUAAUUUCUAGUGAACUACAAGUAUCUAAAUUUGAAACCGCAAGAAAAUAACAAGCAAAGGCCUAGCAGCCCAUAGGAAAAUGCGUGUGUAUUAAAAAAAACGAUUUAUGUUUUCAAGCUUUGUUUCUAAAUCAUGCUGAUGGGGCAGUUAAGAUUAGGAAGGGGAUGACAGAGGACAGACCACAUGUAGUGUUUAGAUACAGGGGGAAUACUCAAGCAACGUCUUGCAUCGUCUCCUGUUCGCGGAAGACUUCCAGGGAAUCAUUAGAGGUGGAUUUGGUCAACGGCUUGCUUGUGCCAAGACGUGUCCCAAAGCCUUGCUUGGACACGCCAGGUUUCUAAUCUGUUUCUAAUGCAGGGUAUUUUAAUUUGAGUCGCAUUCAAUUAAGUGUCAAAGAGCAGAAACCCAUAUGACUGAGCUGAAGGCAUUGCAAGUUGUCUUUAAAGACCAAAAAAAAUCAACCGUCCAGUUUAUAGCAAAUUCA